AUAUUCAAUAUUUGUCUGCUGAUGGUAAAGGUUGCGGAUUAAUUUCAGCGGGUGUAGCCGGCCCUGAACCCUUUACUCUCUCUAUCGGUCCUGUAACAAACCGCUCAUAAACUUAUUCUUUCGGCACCAGUGCGCCGUUUAUUCCGUGGAAACCGACGAAUUCAGCCUCUCUCUACAGCUAUGUCUUUAUCUCAUGGCUAGAAAAUGACUAAACUAAAAAGGACACAUGUAACUAACUCUCAGGGAGCAGAUUACUUUAGAGUAACUAUCUGGCUUUUAGCUAGCAAAACGUAAAGAGGUGAACUCCGACUUCGUAACAAUAAAGCAACAACGAUACUCAGGUCUUUGUGCUUAAAGACUGUGAAUUUAUUUUUCCAAAACAAAAAAGAAAUGAUUUUUAUGUGCUUUAGUUAUCCAUUCAUCAUACUAAUUUGGAGCUAAAUUGCUCUCGGUAUUUCCAGAAUUUUCUUCACUUGCGCAGUAGCGUUGUACGCAUUCGGUGGGAGAGUCGCUAUGAAGACCAUAGAUAUCUAUAAGAAAGGCUAGAUGACUCGAGGCGGAGUGACUGGCGUCCCUACAUGGUGGCCAUCUACCAGUAUACCAUUCAGGUAAGCACUAAGGUGAGUAAUCUGCAUGCUCAAAAAGACUCUUAACUCGCUGAAAACGGAUUAGUUUAUGACAGACCUCAAUAACGUGGCUAAGAGUCGGGAUGCUUGGACAUAUUGAAAUGGCAGACUUAAUCAUGAAGCACAGUUGUUUCACAGCUUUUUGAGCACAAGGGUUAACUUUUGAGUGACUUUGUCAAGGCUGAGACUACAAUCGAGAUUUUAAUUUCUUGUAUGACAGCAUAUUAUUUAUUUAGUGUUACGGCCGCCGCCUUAGUAUGGUAAAUCUUCCUGUGUGUGUGUGUGUGCGUGCCUGUGUGUGCGUGCUGCCUGCAGCUCACAGGUUGCCGUAGCUGCAGAGGAAAAUAAGUGCCUGAUCACAUCCACCUGGAGACGGCAGAGACUGACUGUUUGAAGGCUUCCACCAAUCGUGAGGAGCCACUUGGAGGAGUGGAUAAAACGCCAGCAGACCUGCAGAUCGGGGAGCACGCUGUAACCAGUGGAGCUCCCAUGCCUCUCUUUCUCAGACCAACUGCUCGUCUCACCAUCCGACACCGCAACUACAUCAGGUAGCUAUAUCAGGUAAGGAAUAAUACUAGAAGACCACAUGCUGACAUUUUCCAAACAGUGUGUUGGAAAACAAAGUGAUUAGGGAUAUAAGGAUAUUCCUUAUGACAAGUUUCCAAGUUUGAUUCCCAAAGAUUAAAUUUAGCUGUAAAUUAAAACAAGUGCCUGCUUUAGUGAAGGGAUGUCCCAGUAUACCAGUAUCCAUGAUAACCCUCUUUUAAGACACCUGAAAUACCGGUACUGUGCUAAAACAAGCACUUACUAAAAACUGUGUAACUUCCAGGUUAAUAGGAGAUUCAUUAUUUUUGACAUCUUUAACAAACGGGGUUGAGAACAACAUGUAACCCAGAAUCAUGGGCAGAAAGAGACAAACAAUGUGUGACAGAGAGCUUCAGAGACAUGGCUCUGAACGGGGUCCUUAACUGGACAAAGAUGUUUGUUGUUCUACCUGAUGUAAAAUCAAAUAUACUGUCACAACACAGGACAUAGUAUUUGGUCACCUGAGUGACUAAAGAGUCAACAAUUACAGUAUAGACAUUUUCUACACUUACUAUACUUACCUGUACAAUUCUGCAAAGGUGUUUAUCAGCAUAUUGUAAUGGAUUUGUAAAAAUUCUUGUCUACUGAACCAUUCAGGCUUCAGUCACACCACAGGACAUGUUUCAGGUUUGGCUCAAAAAUGUGAAAAAAUCUAAAAACACAGCAGUUAUUGAAACAACAGGGAUAUGUACAAUAAAAGUUGCUCCAACUAUUUAUAAAUCUACCAAUUAAACUUAUUUUUGAGUCCUGUGACAUCUACCUAAAUGUUUUUAUCUGAUUUGUCUACUGUAGCUUUUAAAUUUUGUAAUAUUACUCACAUUUAGUGGUGCUGUAGCCACCAGAACAAACAACUGUAGAGACAUAUUUCUGAGUUCACACUGUUUAUUUAUGUUUACAGGUAAUUACAACACUUCACACACACUCUGUGAACACAGCUGGUUCAUCUGGAUAUUAAAGGAGUAGAACAUAAAAUUAGUCAUACCAAAAAGCAGGAAUUUAUUUUUUAAAGCUUACAACCAAGUUUGUUUGAUCUGCAGUCCAGCAUGUUUGUAUCUCAACUUGAAGCACAGACAAGCUGAAGAAAAAACAGAAGAUCCUCAAAAGAUUUACAUGAAAAUAAAAAUCUAAAUGAAACUUUCACACAAAUCUUCACUAUUACAGCCUCCCUUUUUAUUUAUUGCCGUGAGCCAGUGUGUGUCUGUUAGAGCUGAAAAAAUGUAAUAUAUGAAUAAAACACGUCAUCACUGAUCAGGAUUGAUUUAUGAUAAACAUAUAUCUGAGAAUACUUUGAUGCUUACUUCAAUUUUAACAUAUAGAUAAACCGCUGACAGAAGUAAUUAUUAAGAACAGAAUGAAGUUCACCUGGUGUCAGAUAUUGAUGAAUGGCAGGAAAUCAAGUUUUCCAUUUUUUUUUUCUUUCACUGUGAGAAACACAGAGUUGGUCCCCCUCGUUUACAGCCUUGGAUCCUGCAGGUUCUGCAGAAACUUCUCGAUUUCUGGACACAUUCGGUGUCGACCCCUGUCUUUAAUCUUGUUCAGAGCUCUGAUACUGCCCUCACGUGAACUGGAUCUGACUGGUAUUUCUGCUGCUUUCAUGUGGUAUCUGAUGGAACCAUCCCUGUCAUGCUGAUUGAAGUAUAAAUUACUUGCAUAGGAGUAAAAAAGAGCCUGUUUGUCUGCAGGAUCCAGUUUAUCUUGAAGCAGCUCCUGAUAUAUCUGCUCAGCUUCAGCCUUGUAACCUGAUUUUGCAUAGACUAUAGCAAGAUCAAUUUUCUUUGAGACUAAAGAGUGGGGGUAAAGAGAAAGCAGCUCCUCAUGUAGACUGAUAACUCGGUCUUUCAUGUCUGGUCUAGCGGGGCUGUCCCUGAAAAACAACAUCUUCCAUCUAUAACAAAAUGCAACACGCUUCUUCAGGUGACGCCGAUCUGGAUGCAUUUUCAGAGCCUCUUCUGCCAAAUCAAUGGCCUCAUCAAUAGAUAAGUGGUUUUUGUAAACCUUUGGUAAUAAUUUCAUAGAACUGUAGCUGCAGCUUAGACUUCCCAAAUUGUUUCUGGCAAACUCUCGAACUUCCUCUUGGAUUUUCUCUCCUUUCUUUGCACGCUGUUCUAGGUAGAGAACUGCGAGGUACAGGUUCUCUGGAUCUCGUUCCUUUGCAGCUCUCAUUUUCUCCAGGAGGUCAGCCUCCACCUCUCCGGUGUUUUGCUCCUGGGCUUUUACUGAACUUAUGACAUAGCUGGAGUUCCAAUCCACCAUGUCCGGCUGCAUCCUGGCAGCUUUUUCAAAGUGAUCAACAGCAGCAUUCAGCUCCUCUGUCAUGUAAAUCAGAGUCCAGGCUUUUUCAGCGUAGAUCUCUGGGUGGAGCUCGCUCUGGGAUGGAGAUGGGUAUUUCUCCAUCAGGUCAUCUACCUUUGACAGGUAAGCCUGACUCUCUUCAUGCUCUCCCAGGUGGUGGUGCAGCCAGGCCAGGUUCCCAUAGUUCACUACCAACCAGGGACCCUCAUCUGCAUGUCUCAGCUCACUGAAGACCUCUGCAGCCUUGUUGAACAAUCUCUUUGCGUCCUCAUAUUCCUCCAGUUUGAACUGGGUGAACCCCUGCAGGUUGUAGAAAUGACCGAGCCAUCUGUUUCCUCUGUCUGUGCAGACGUCCUCCAGCUUUUCUCUGAAAAGGAAAGGCCUGGACACUUUAUUGUCCAGGUUCCAAGUGAAGUGACACUGCAGGGACUCCAGUGUUGUUUGACUCUGAGCAGCACUGAUGGAGAAUGAAAUAACAUUAAUACAUCAUGAACAGCAUAAAAUCUACUUUACAGUGCUGUUAGAUAUUCACAGGUCGUCUCGUAUGCAGGGCGUCACUGGUACCAUUAAAAGGACAGAAAGGAAACCAGCUGUUAAUGUUUUACUCUAUCUGUGAUUAAAAUUAGGAGUUUUUACAUGAUUAGCUGAAUGCAAAAAAAAAAGAGAAAAUACAAAACUUUAGCAAAAAUUUCUGAGGAUGAACCUUAAUUUUGUUUUCCUCCAUGUCCCUUGGAGUCUCCAUAAGAAAAUAAAGUUAUUUUUUCUAUUGCUAUGCAAUUUUCAAGUGUAUUUUGAGGCCCUUCUUCUUUUUAAUAAAUAAAUAUUAUUUCUGCACUGUAUGAGAACUCCCAAUCCUUCUCAGAAAACAGACACUCAGGUGAAACUCAAAAAGGAGACAGAAAACGUCUUAAAAAAAAGAUGUACUUCAGGAUAACAACACAGUUAUUAAAUGUUUCCGGCAUAUUCUCACCUCAUCAUUCUGAAUGUCUUAGAGUAUCUGUCAGCUCAGCUGUUUCUGUGGUGAAGUGCAUCUGAGUGAUAAGAUAAUUGUAGUGAAGCGAAUUUAAGUGCAAUUCAAAUAUAGCAAACUUUGAAGGCGUUAUAUGUUUUCACAGAUGGGUGUGAACAUAGACUGAUAAGUUUAGUCUGUGGGUGUGUACAAUGGGCUGGUUUUACAGCCAUUUUCCUGUAAGUAGAAUGUGCAAUCUCAUAGUUUUCUAUUACUAAAAUAUUUGUGCAACAGCCUCCCGGUAUGGUAAUAAGGAGAUAGUCUUGACUGAUGCUCACUGGGAUUUUAUUGUGGUUAUAGAAACACUGUGAAAACUAAAACAAGAACAAAUCUCAGUGAACAUUUACUGGAGUCAUACAGAACCAUAAUAUACAAUUAUAUCAACUCAAACUUUAAUGAAGAGAACGAGCAACAUGUCUGGAAACUCUGUCACAUCAUGUCCCCUUAAACAAUCAAUGUAGCUGAAAACAACAGGAAUAUGUACAAUAAAAGUUGCUCCAACUAUUUAUAAAUCUACCAAUUAAACUUAUUUUUGAGUCCUGUGACAUCUACCUAAAUGUUUUUCUCUGAUUUGUCUACUGUAGCUUUUAAAUUUUGUAAUAUUACUCACAUUUAGUGGUGCUGUAGCCACCAGAACAAACAACUGUAGAGACAUAUUUCUGAGUUCACACUGUUUAUUUAUGUUUACAGGUAAUUACAACACUUCACACACACUCUGUGAACACAGCUGGUUAAUCUGGAUAUUAAAGGAGUAGAACACAUGAUUAAUCAUACCAAAAAGCAGGAAUUUAUUUUUUAAAGCUUACAACCAAGUUUGUUUGAUCUGCAGUCCAGCAUGUUUGUAUCUCAACUUGAAGCACAGACAAGCUGAAGAAAAAACAGAAGAUCCUCAAAAGAUUUACAUGAAAAUAAAAAUCUAAAUGAAACUUUCACACAAAUCUUCACUAUUACAGCCUCCCUUUUUAUUUAUUGCCGUGGGCCAGUGUGUGUCUGUUAGAGCUGAAAAAAUGUAAUAUAUGAAUAAAACACGUCAUCACUGAUCAGGAUUGAUUCAUGAUAAACAUAUAAUAUCUGUGAGAAACACAGAGUUGGUCCCCCUGGUUUACGGCCUUGGAUCCUGCAGGUUCUGCAGAAACUUCUCUAUUUCUGGACACAUUCGGUGUUGACCCCUGUCUUUAAUCUUGUGCAGAGCUCUGAUACUGCCCUCACGUGAACCGGAUCUGACUGGUAUUUCUGCUGCUUUCAUGUGGUAUCUGAUGGAACCAUCACUGUCAUGCUGAUCAACGUAUAAAUACUUUGCAUAGGAGUAGUAAAGGAGCUGUUUGUCUGCAGGAUCCAGUUCAUCUUGAAGCAGCUCCUGAUAUAUCUGCUCAGCUUUAGCCUGGUCACCUGAUUUUGCAUAGACUAUAGCAAGAUCAAUUAUCUUUGAAACUAAAGAGUGGGGGUAAAGAGAAAGCAGCUCCCUAUGAAGACUGAUUGCUCGGUCUUUCAUGCCUGGUCUACGGGGGCUGUCCCUGAAAAGCAACAUCUUCCAUCUAUAACAAAAUGCAACACACUUCUUCAGGUGACGCCGAUCUGGAUGCAUUUGCAGAGCCUCUUCUGCCAAAUCAAUGGCCUCAUCAAUAGGUAAGUGGUUUUUGUAGACCUCAAGUAACGAUUUCAUAGAACUGUAGCUGCAGCUUAGACUCUCCAAAUUGUUUCUGGCAAACUCUCGAACUUCCUCUUGGAUUUUCUCUCCUUUCUUUGCACGUUGUUCUAGGUAGAGAACUGCGAGGUACAGGUUCUCUGGAUCUCGUUCCUUUGCAGCUCUCAUUUUCUCCAGGAGGUCAGCCUCCACUUCUCCGGUGUUUUGCUCCUGGGCUUUUACUGAACUUAUGACAUAGCUGGAGUUCCACUCCACCAUGUCCGGCUGCAUCCUGGCAGCUUUUUCAAAGUGAUCAACAGCAGCAUUCAAUUCUUCUUUCAAGUAAAUCAGAGUCCAGGCUUUUUCAGCGUAGAUCUCUGGGUGGAGCUCGCUCUGGGAUGGAGAUGGGUAUUUCUUCAUCAGGACAUCUACCUUUGACAGGUAAGCCUGACUCUCUUCAUGCUCUCUCAGGUGGUGGUGCAGCCAGGCCAGGUUCCCAUAGUUCACUACCAACCAGGGACCCUCAUCUGCAUGUCUCAGCUCACUGAAGGCCUCUGCAGCCUUGUUGAAUAAUCUCUUUGCAUCCUCAUAUUCCUCCAGUUUGACCUGGAUGAACCCCUGCAGGUUGUAGAAAUGACCGAGCCAUCUGUUUCCCGUCUCUUCGCAGAUGUCCUCCAGCUUGUCUCUGAGAUUUAACAGUCUGGACCUGCUGUAGUCCAGAUCCCAGUUGAAGUGGCACUGCAGGAACUCCAUUUUUGACUCCAUUCUUUGUGUGAUUCAGAGCAGCACUGAUAAGAAAUAAGAAAUGAAAGUUCAGCAUUUUAAUGGAGCUCUGUAGAAACAGGAUGGAACUAAGGAAGGAAGUGGAAGGGUGAGCUGGUACCCUGGAGGGUCCAGUCCACCAAACAAAGAGUGUGCUGGCUGCCAGUAACUGUAGGUCUGAUCACACCAGGAUGCUGCACCCCUGUGAUGACUGAUGGAUCGCACUUUAAUCUGGUUUUCUGCAUCAGGUAAACGGUUUUGUUGAAGAAUCUGGACUCACUUCGAUGGUAGAGGGUUUUUUUUGUACUCAUUACGAGCUCUUCAGGUCUUUUUUUUCUUGUAUCUCAAAAUAAGAAGUUUAUCUUGAAUCAUCAGAGGAGUGGAGCUUAUUAUUAAGUUUAACGGAUGUUUUUUCCUAGAAAUAUGACACCAACAUUAUCUUGGUUUAAAGUUUUUGAACUGAGUCUUUUGAUGAAAGAGCCCUGUAGUAAAGUUGACAUUUUCAUUCAGCUCCACAGAGGUUUUAACUUUUGUUUGAAUAACAAAGUAAUGCAUGUAUAUGUGAAUUACUCAACAUUAACAAGUGUUUACCAACAGGUGAGUUUGCUUUAUAACUUCUUUAACUUCUGUGUCUAUGAGUAUAUUUGAAGACUCUUGCACUUUAAAAGGUUUUAAAACCUUUUGACAGUUUAAAUAUUCAGCUGAGAUUUAAAAAUCUGACAGAAAAUACAGUUUUUAACUGAAAAGGAGAAACUUCAUUCUCAUUUGUUCCUACAGUGAUCUGAAAGAGAGUAGCAGAUUCUCACCUCGUUGGCCUGGGAUGUCUCUGAAUAUCAGUCGGAUCAGCUGGAGGUGAAUCAGCUCUGUGUUUUGGAGAAAUGAGAGAGGUUGUUGUGCAGUCAAAGCCAAACUUGAGAGGCGGGGCAGGAUUCCCAGGACGUUUCCCUGAUAAGCUGCUUUCACUUUCAUUUCUCUGACAUGGAAACGAACACUCCUGUUUCUAGUGCUGGACGAUAAUUCGAUAACAAUAUAUAUCGAUCGAUAGACGUGUGGUGCGAUAGAAAAAAAACGGGUCGAUAAAAAGUUCGAUAGAAAAACACAGUUUCCCUUUCUUUUUCAUCAUAGCCUAUCAUGUAGCUUUUACUACAGUCAUUACUCCCUCCCAACCAAUCACAAACGCAGACCCAGGUACGCUACGGCACCAAGCCCAGCCCUUAUCAAACCACAACAGACAGCACGUGUAUUAGAAAAAAUGAUACAGCAAGGAGAAGCGGAGGACAUUGUCCCGAAAAAAGGUUUCAGUAGUUCACCAGCAUGGCAAUGUUUUGGUUUUUAGAAGUCUGACAAAAAGCGAACAGCGGUCGUUUGCAAAAUUUGCAGAGAAUUAGUAAAAACCAAGUCUGGUAACACAACCAACUUGUUUUACCAUCUAAACCGAUCGCACCCGCAGGAGUACGAGCUGUGUCGGCCGCGCCGCGGCUCCACGUCGUCAGAGGAGGAAUCCUCUGGAACCGCUGCCAGCACCAGCACAAAGCAUGUGAAGCAGACCAAACUGGACUUCGUUUCUUGCCAAAAUACGACAAAGCGUCCGAGCGGCAUAAGGACAUCACCCAUGCAGUAACAUGCUCCAUAGCGAGGGACAUACUGCCAAUAACUACCGUUGAAAAGCCUGGCUUCGACCAGCUUCUAGCCACUCUCGACCCGCGAUAUGAAGUGUCCGGCCGCAAGUAUUUCUCAAACACAGCGCUUCAGGCAUGAAAACGGGUCAGGGGUUGAAAAGCUGAGAAGGGUGCGGAGGAAAUACGUUCCGGUGUAGCUUCUUAAAGUGGAAGAAAAUGAGCUCAUAUUUUACAAAGACGUGAGUAUUUGGAUCAUGGCUACUAGCAGGGGGUGCAUUCGGCAGGGGUGCAUUCUACGACACAACACCGGCAUGGAUAAGUCCUGCUUCUCGUGCUUAGUUUGUGUAUUAAGUCAAUCACAUGAUAAUUAAAAAAAAAUAAAUCUCCCGACCCCGGGAGAAAUAUUUCAGUGUUCAGACACCAGGCUGUGGGCAGUUUCCCACACAGUUAAAACUGGUAGUAUGCUAUUCCCACCUAAAGCUAUUCUGUUUAUUUAUAUAUUUGUUUAUUUUCAUCAAAAGACUAUUUAAGUAUUUAUUUAUCAGAUUUUCUGGUCACUUUAGUCUUUAUGUUUGUCAGUAUUUACUGACGUCACUCAGGCCACUUAAGUUGAUUUCUUUUUUUUUUUUAGUUCUUUUUUAAAAAACUUUCAGUUGUGGUAAAAUAAAAAAGGUGGUUGAAUAAAGGUUUGAAUUUGAAUUCAGUGCUUGUGUGUUCUUUAUUAAAAGUAGGUCAUUAAGCAAUAGCAUAAAACAUCCAGGGCUGCAAUUAAAUUAUAUGUUAAAUAAUUAUAACAAUUAUAUCGAUAAUUAUCGAUAUCGAUCAAUAUGAUUUAUUUUUUAUCGAUAUGCUUUUUUUCUAUAUCGUCCAGGCCUACCUGUUUCUUUAAAUCGGAAACCCAGCUCCUUUAGGUCUUUCUUUCCUUUCCCCAAACAUAUAAAGUUGGAAAGUUGUCGAGCUCAUUUGUUUUGAAAGUGGCAGCUGGUCAAUGGAGGGCACUAAACUCUACCCUAAAUGAAGAAUGGCAGACUAAACAAGGUCUUUAAAUUGUAGUUUGAAAGACAUUGAAGAUCUUUAGAGGAUCAAAAUAAAAAUGUUGUAGCCAGGGAGUAAAAAGAAAACACUGUUCAAGAUUUAAGUGUAAGUUUUUGUCAACUGCAGGAAAAAGUGCCAGGGGUAUUCUUGCCCACAGAUCGGUUUUAUAUUCAGUAGCAGUUGGUCAAUAGGGGGCGCUAGAGCAAGGCCCUACCACUCCUCUAGUGACAGGCUUCUUCCAUAGACUGUAUAUAAGAUGGACAACCUGGUUCCGCCUGUAUACGGAUUUGAAGCCAAAAAGCUCUCGGUAAUUCCGGGUUUUUCUCCACUUCCUCGAAACCAGAGCUGUGCAGUAGCGUUGUGCGCAUUCGGCUGCGCAGUCGCCGAGAGUCCCUGUGAUGACGCUCGGCUCAAACAGUGUAUCCCCCCGGGAGAGCUACGCAAUCCCUGAACGCCCAUAGGCUGUAUCAGGUGUCAAUCAUACAGGCAUGAAAAUCUCUCACCUUUCGGCGAAAUUCGCCGUUUUGAAAUCAAAAAGGGUGACCUACGUGAAUCGUGUAGAUCCGAGGAGAAAUUUUUUAGGGGGGGGGGGGUCGGGGUCGGGAAAUUUUUUAUGUUCUUUUAUUAUCAUGUGAUUGACUCAAUACGUAAACUGAGCACUUCAGAAAUCGGCCCUUUAAAUGACACUUGGACGGUCAGCAAAUCCUCCUGGCUCCUUAGCUGACGAGAACCAAUCAUAGGCCAAGCUGCGUUCCAUUAUUCCAAUCAUGCGCACACUCUUCACGUGCACUUGGAGUGCUUGGAGAGCCUGUGGUAGCAUUGCAAAGCUGCGAGAACGAGAAGCAGGACUUAUCCACGCCGGUGUUGUGCCGUAGAAUGCACCCCUGACAUUGAAAGCCCCCCUGACGAGAGCGCGGUUGAAAGUACACAACAAGGCGAAAUAAUCCAAGUUUUGAGCCAUCUAAAAUAGCGAAAGCGGGCGUCUCGCGUUUACUGCUCUGCAGGGCUCUCAAGUCUCACGCAUUCAGCGUGUGACACACGCAUUCCCACCCGUUCACUCGCCACACAUUGUAUUUCUCACGCAUUUAUAUGAACAUGGUGAUCUCCACAAAGUUGCACCUCUUUAACUAUGGAACAGGUAGAAAUCAACUGAGUUCCUCCGAGAGUUCAGAAGCUGCGUGCCACGCGCAAGCCAAUCAAAUAAAGUAUAUCUACUGAACAGCCAAUCAAAAAGCAGCAUUGCUGUAUCCGGGUAGAUUUUGAUAUCUUGCGGUUUGACUACAGAAGAAGACAGACACUCGCCGAAAUAGAGCAGGUUUUUAUAAGGACGAGAAAGACCCGAUGAUUACAGUAAGUCGGUAACCUACACAUGCAGAGACCUCAACACCUCAUGGCAUAUAAACUCAUAUGAUAAACUAAAGCCCUAUGCUAUUGCUAUUAACAGCUGCACUGAUGAAUUUAGCCUCUGUACAGCCAUUUCCAGCCAUUCUCCCCUCCACAAAAGCAGCAUUUCUCAUAUAUUCUUUUUAAAGUUCUGACAGUGUAACGCUCAUGUACCAAAAGAUUAAGUAUCUCCAUGUUUGUGAAACCUAUACUUAAGUACAAUUCAUCUAAAUGCUCCACAGUGCUGAUUUUAACAACUCUCCUCCACAACAGGUAACUUUACGACUUUAUUCUUAGAUAUUAAUGACUUUAUUCUCCUAAAUAAUAACUUUUUGGUCUAAGAUUUAAAAACGUUUUUUGUCUUAAUGUGGCCCUCAUACUCCGUUGUAUUUAAGAGUUUAUUAUACUAUACUAUUAUACUCUUCACCCCCCCCCUGCCCCCGCUUCUCACCUUUUCAACCCCUGACCCAUUUUCAUGCCUGAUCAUAGAAAACAUGAACCCCCUAAUAACUUUUAAAAACAGAGCUGUACAGAAAAAAGAGGACUUGGGCACAAACCAGUCUUACUGUAACUAUAUGUUAACAUCACAAGCAGGGGGGAGAAAAAUGUAUGUUCUGUGUAAUAACACACUGUGAUAAGAAGCUGAUUCUGAACAAAAGAUGAAGGCUUUCUAGCGCGUAUUUAGUUAAUGAAAUGUACACACAGCAGUACGUAUUUCACUACUUUUUCUGUUUUUGGGGGGGUGACAUUUUAAGGGAAGCUGAGCUUCCCUUGCAGUCUUAGAGCAAUCGCCACUGUUCUGAAUGUCUUAGAGUAUCUGUCAGCUCAGCUGUUUCUGUGGUGAAGUGCGUCUGAGUGAUAAGAUGAUUGUAGUGAAGCGAAUUUAAUUGCAAACAUAAAUCCAAAUAUAGCAAACUUUGAACGGGUUAUAUGUUUUCACAGAUGGGUGUGAACAUAGACUGUUAAGCACAGUCUGUGGGUUUCACUUCCAUUUUCCUGGAGGUAGAAUGUGCAAUCACAUAGUUUUCCAUUACUGUGAUAUUUGGCUCACUCAGGAGUUUGAUAUGAAAGUAGAUGAUGCAGUCGCUCUUGCACAUUUCUUACAUUUUGCCUCUUUUUUUCUGUCUUGCACAAGUAAAGAUUGAACGCACUUGUAGCCCGGAUAUUGAACUGUUAGCUGUGGGACUUUGGCCACAUUGUUUGCCCCUCGGGAGAUUUCACGUCAUCAUGGUGGCUGUGUACCCCCCUCUUGCUAACCGGGCGGCUGCGUGCCGUGUCAUGCACAUCGCCUCUGCCCAACUACAGGCAGACCACCCAGGUGCCCUCUUCAUCAUCUUAGGGGACUUCAAUCAUGUCACCAUUCAUUCCUAUUUCUUUUCUCCUCUGUUAUUUUUUUGUGUCUCAGGAGUAACUGUAAUGCUGUAAUGACUGAAUUUCUCCCCUGGGGAUAAGUAAAGUUUUCUGAUUCUGAUAAACCUUCUACUCACUCUUAGUCAAUUUAAGAUUAUUCAUAGACAAAUGCCACCUCCUCAAUACUAUAUUGAAAAUAGUAAAUAUUGAUACUCUCCUCAUCUGUCUGUUGUUUCCUGUACUCAGUAUUUCCUGUAAUAUUUCUCUGUGUUGUUCCAGCCACAGUAGAGUAGUGUUGAUCGUAAUGUUGCUGUAGUUUCACUGUAGUCCAGCCUCAGUGCUGAUGUAAAUACUGUGAUGUUCGUGAGUGAGCAGGUUUAAAUGCAUUUCAGAGCUGUGACGCCAUAAAAGUCAGACUUCUCUUUCCCAAGAAAAGAAACAUAAAUCCACAUAUAAUACGAAUCAAACAUUAACAUGCUGCACUGUAACAGUAUAUUGCAUCGUGUACAUUGUUUGAAACAUUUCCAGAGCUUAAAGUUGAUUUUGUUUGUAGUCUAUUUGUGUAAAAACAAGUGUGUUUUAUUGUGAUAGGCUUCUGCUUUGAGGGUGGAUGUCAGUGUUGCUUUGGAUGUAGUGUUUCUAUGUUUCUACUUUCUACUGGUGACAGUGUGUAAUUACACGAAAGGACACGUGGAAAAAUCUGAGGUACAUUUGCUCAGUUGUUGUCGGUUCAGGAUUGUUUGGGCCAUAAGGUCAGACAGGAGCCAAGAUCAGCUGAAAAAAAGAAUGGCUGGCCUUUUAUUCAAUCAAUAAAGUUUGUUUGAGUGACCUGAUUCUGAGUGCUAGAAAAUUGUAGCAUUCGGCCAUAAAAACAUAAACACUUCUACAGUCAAUCCAACUUUUUAAGUACAGAAACUGAUACCUGAGUGGUUUUGGUGUUGGCCAGAUUCUCUGAAAACAGUGAUGUAAGAGCCCUGUUUUCACGUAAUGCUGCAUAUUACAUUCCGAGUAUGAGGAGAGGGUCAAUACCGGCCUGACAUCCACACUCCAGUGUCAUUUACACUCACCGGCCACUUUAUUAGGUACACCUGUCCAACUGCUCGUUAACACUUAAUUUCUAAUCAGCCAAUCACAUGGCGGCAACUUAGUGCAUUUAGGCAUGUAGACAUGGUCAAGACAAUCUCCUGCAGUUCAAACCGAGCAUCAGUAUGGGGAAGAAAGGUGAUUUGAGUGACUUUGAACGUGGCAUGGUUGUUGGUGCCAGAAGGGCUGGUCUGAGUAUUUCAGAAACUGCUGAUCUACUGGGAUUUUCACGCACAACCAUCUCUAGGGUUUACAGAGAAUGGUCCGAAAAAGAAAAAAUAUCCAGUGAGCGGCAGUUCUGUGGGCGGAAAUGCCUUGUUGAUGCCAGAGGUCAGAGGAGAAUGGCCAGACUGGUUCCAGCUGAUAGAAAGGCAACAGUGACUCAAAUAACCACCCGUUACAACCAAGGUAGGCAGAAGAGCAUCUCUGAACGCACAGUACGUCAAACUUUGAGGCAGAUGGGCUACAGCAGCAGAAGACCACACCGGGUGCCACUCCUUUCAGCUAAGAACAGGAAACUGAGGCUACAAUUUGCACAAGCUCAUUGAAAUUGGACAAUAGAAGAUUGGAAAAACGUUGCCUGGUCUGAUGAGUCUCGAUUUCUGCUGCGACAUUCGGAUGGUAGGGUCAGAAUUUGGCGUCAACAACAUGAAAGCAUGGAUCCAUCCUGCCUUGUAUCAACGGUUCAGGCUGGUGGUGGUGGUGUCAUGGUGUGGGGAAUAUUUUCUUGGCACUCUUUGGGCCCCUUGGUACCAAUUGAGCAUCGUUGCAACGCCACAGCCUACCUGAGUAUUGUUGCUGACCAUGUCCAUCCCUUUAUGACCACAAUGUACCCAACUUCUGAUGGCUACUUUCAGCAGGAUAAUGCGCCAUGUCAUAAAGCUGGAAUCAUCUCAGACUGUUUUCUUGAACAUGACAAUGAGUUCACUGUACUCAAAUGGCCUCCACAGUCACCAGAUCUCAAUCCAAUAGAGCAUCUUUGGGAUGUGGUGGAACGGGAGAUUCGCAUCAUGGAUGUGCAGCCGACAAAUCUGCGGCAACUGUGUGAUGCCAUCAUGUCAAUAUGGACCAAGCUCUCUGAGGAAUGCUUCCAGCACCUUGUUGAAUCUAUGCCACGAAGAAUUGAGGCAGUUCUGAAGGCAAAAGGGGGUCCAACCCGUUACUAGCAUGGUGUACCUAAUAAAGUGGCCGGUGAGUGUAGACGGACGCUCUCCUGUAAACGUGGCCUAAAUCUGCUGUAGAGGCUCUUCAGUCUGGAUGUGCAGAAGUCAAUAAAACAAUUACCCUACUGCACACUAGAGCCACUCCCUCAGUAAACCUUGUCCUGAUGAGUUUAUGGUUCCAGUCCUAGUUUUAAGUCUUUCUCAGUUCCGUGUGAUGAUCAUCAGUGCAUUAAAGUCCUGUUUAGAUCAGAGGUGGCAAAGCAGGCUUUAGGAAAUGCUAGCAUGCAGUCUGUUGACCUGGAUAAAGAUGUAACCACAAUGUUACAGCCUUUGGUAUCGUUGCGUUCAACUGGUACAGUCUUUAUUUUUUUAUUCCUCUCUUCAAGUACAGUGAAAAUAAAAACACAGCAAAAAUACGAAUCAUUUUUCAACAUAACAAAUUCAUACAAAACAGUACUGAAAUAUUUGCAUUUUUAAACACACCUUCACUAUCAAAAUAACUACAAUCAAAACAUUCAUAACACUUUCCCCCCGACAUUAUCAGGACCAUGCGCAAUCGCAAACAAUAACACACCACUCAAAUUAUUUCAGGCCACCUACCUCUCUUCGCCUACCAAGGGUGCGAACUGGAUCCAAAUAGCCUCUUGUACUUGACCCCAGACCAACUGCACCCAAUGAUAUGAACGAAGAAACAAAACAAAUACACGUAAAAGCUGAGCUUUCCUUUAAUUACACUUUUAAUAUUUUCCUCUCGUCACAUCAACCUGCUCAUUUUCGUGUGGCAAACUGGCGUGUAACAAACUGGCAUGUGACAUCACUAUUUAACCCCUUUUUUUCUCAAACUUCAGGGGGUGUGCCGACCCCAAAUGUGAAUAACCAGCUCUGCUGGCCACUCACACACAACAUUGUCGAAAUAUGACCAAUUCUGGCUCCAAAGAACAAGACUCCAGCAGUGGAAUUAUUAAUGAUAAAAACAAUAAUACACUUUAUUUAUACAGUGCUCUUCAUGGCAUUCAAAGACACUUAACAACACAGGAGUAAAUAGGAUAAAAACACAUUACAUUAAUGUAUUAGUAAAAACAGAUUAAAAGACAGGCAUAAUUACAGCCACUCAAGAGUUAAAGCAGAUUUGAACAAGUGGGUUUGAACUUUGAUAUGUCAGUACAGUCCCAGAUGUGUCUAGGGGGAAAGUACCAGAGCCCCCAGGUUCGGGGCUUGGUCCACAGAGCAGGGAUGAGAAGGUUGCCAAACCUAAAAGCCGCUAAAUCUCUUUCACCUGAGUCAGUGGGAGAAUGCAGCUGUUAAACAGAAGAGGUCCCAGGGUGGAGCCUUGGGGAACUCCACAUGCAAAUCAGUACUGUCUGUGCCAGGAAGUCCAACCUAGUCCUCCGCCUGAUCAACUUUGUCAAAUGCUGCAAGAUUUUAAGAUUUCCUACUUCAGGAAAAGAAACAAACCAAAAACACCAUCAGUUAACAUUUCCCAAUUAAAAGCCUCUCUGUGUUUUAGCAGGUACUAAUACGAGAAUUUUGAAGAGCUAACCCCCAAUUUUCAUCACAUCUGGAAUGGCUACUAAAAGGUCGUAUCUGCCAAUCGUAGCUGAUCGUAACCAUUCAAGUUAACGUGUCAAUUUACACCGACUUCUUUCCGUUCCUCUGCGGAUCGCCGGACUCCUCAGCUGAUCACAAGAGUUCUAUUUUUCCUGGACGCCGGAGCAUGGCGGAUAAAUUCAGCACAGAUUAACCCGUGCUGGAAAGGAAGUCGGGCACAGACUUCAAAAUAAAACAUCCGGCUUCUUUUCAAAAUAAAACACUCCGUGUUUCAGGAGGAUCGUAUUUCACACCAUGCAAACGGGCGGAGACGAACAAGUGAAAGGUUUUUAGACGUCAUUUCACCCUGAUGACACCAUGGAUGAGGAGAUGCUGAUUCUAGAAGUCUAGAAGUAGAUUUCCUCCUCUGGAAGGACACAAUCUACUGCUUUUAUGGUUAGCCUAUGUUAUUGCGCCAUUGCACGUGAAUCCGCCGGUUCUUGUGAGUUCUCGCAAUUCCUGUUCUCCGUAAUCCACCACGAGAUUCGCCUCACAAAUGAAUCCAGUAGGAAAUGGUGGAUGGCGAAAAACUGCUGUCGUGGAUGUGGUGAAAAUUGGGGGUAAGACUGAGACGUUUCUUUCUAGAAGGGCUCUGUAGUCUACAGGUAUUAAUGAUUGUCAUCUUUUUUAAAAAUGAAGUACAGAUGGGCUAAAAACAGUUAUAAUAACCUUUGGUGGCAACAAGCAGGUGCUAGCAAGCUAGCUGUAGCAGCCUCCUGGGAGAGGGUUAAGCCCUGUUCAAACUGGAAGUGUGAGAUUGAUUUUAAAUCCAAAAAUAUAAUCUUAGGUUUCAACCAUUUUAACUGUUAUUUUAGCUUUUUUUAGACAGUUUUGUAAAUUUUGAUAUUGUAUAUUUAAAAAUACUGUAAAUGCAUAGUUUUACAAUGCAGGAAAUAAAGCAAACUACUGUAGACAUGAACAGAUAAUAUCAAAAACGAAAGCAUGACACACCAUUGUUUUAUGAGGAUACAUGUGAGGGUGUGAACCCACCUGCAGUAUUCAAUCCUCUAAUCCGCUGUUAUUUCUACCCUGUGUUUCACAAACUCUAGAGCUGCUAAUUUGACCGGUCGGGUUUUGACAACGUGUCAGAAUAAUGUCUGACAUGUCUGGUGUGAUGUAUAAAUAUGGGGUUUAUUCCAGCACUUGCAGGUUUUUCAGAAACUCCUCUAUUUCUGGACACAUUCGGUGUUGACCCCUGUCUUUAAUCUUGUUCAGAACUCUCAUACUGCCCUUACCGAAACAGGAUCUGACUGGUAUUUCUGCUGCUUUCAUGUGGUAUCUGAUGGAACCAUCCCUGUCGUGCUGAUCGUAGUAUAAAUACCUUGCAUAAGUAUUAUAAAGGAGCUGUUUGUCUGCAGGAUCCAGUUCAUCUUGAAGCAGCUCCUGAUAUAUCUGCUCAGCUUCAGCCUUGUAACCUGAUUUUGCAUAGACUGUAGCAAGAUCAAUUUUCUUCAGGAGUUGAGAGUCAGGGUAAAGAGAAAGCAGCUCCUCAUGAAGACUGAUUGCUCGGUCUUUCAUGCCUGGUCUAGUGGGGCUGUCCCUGAAAAACAACAUCUUCCAUCUAUAACAAAGUGCAGCAUUCUUCUUCAGGUGACGCCGAUCUGGAUGCAUUUUCAGAGCCUCUUCUGCCAAAUCAAUGGCCUCAUCAAUAGAUAGGUGGUUUUUGUAGACCUCUAGUAAUAAUCUCAUACAACUGUAGCUGCAGCUUAGACUUCCCAAAUUGUUUCUGGCAAACUCUCGAACUUCCUCUUGGACUUUCUCUCCUUUCUUUGCACGCUGUUCUAGGUAGAGAACUGCGAGGUACAGGUUCUCUGGAUCUCGUUCCUUUGCAGCUCUUAUUUUCUCCAGGAGGUCAGCCUCCACCUCUCCGGUGUUGUGCUCCUGGGCUUUUACUAAAUGUAUGACAUAGCUGGAGUUCCAAUCCACCAUGUCCGGCUGCAUCCUGGCAGCUUUUUCAAAGUGAUCAACAGCAGCAUUAAACUCCUCUGUCAUGUAAAUCAGAGUCCAGGCUUUUUCAGCGUGGAUCUCUGGGUGGAGCUCACUCUGGGAUGGAGGUGGGUAUUUCUUCAUCAGGGCAUCUACCUUUGACAGGUAAGCCUGACUCUCUUCAUCCUCUCCCAGGUGGUGGUGCAGCCAGGCCAGGUUCCCAUAGUUCACUACCAACCAGGGACCCUCAUCUGCAUGUCUCAGCUCACUGAAGACCUCUGCAGCCUUGUUGAACAAUCUCUUUGCAUCCUCAUAUUUCUCCAGUUUGAACUGGAUGAACCCCUGCAGGUUGUAGAAAUGACCGAGCCAUCUGUUUCCUCUGUCUGUGCAGACGUCCUCCAGCCUAUCCCUGAGACGAUAUAGCUGAGGUUUGCUGUAGUCCAGGUCCCAGGUGAAGUGGCACUGCAGGGACUCCAGUGUUGUUUGACUCUGAGCAGCACUGAUGGAGAAUAAAAACAUUAAUACGUCAUCAAAAGCAAUACCCAUCCCGCCUCUGCCCGUUUAUUUUGCUGGUGUCCUGCAGAAUUAUCUGCUGCUUUGAUACCAAACUCAUAGACUGUAUACAAAGAUGAACUGGUCUCCAUCUCCCCUCUUCGUAUCAAAAUCAAGCCAAAUAUUGUUUAUUUGUUGUUUUGGUGGAGACGCCUUUUUGGGCAACAGCUGAUCUAUUAAACCGACAAACCAGCAAGCUGCCUCAGCAGUCCGCAGCAGAUCAGAUUCCAGUGUGGCUUUUUUGUCACGUUUCCUCUCACCAGUUCUCCUCUGCACUGGUAGUCCAGUGUAAGAGCCUCAUUUGUCAGCAGAGCUGUCAAUCAUUGCACCAAGAUACAAUUAAAAUGAGAGAUAUAUGUCAUGACAAAAUGUCUGUUCCAUCAUCUUGGCUUUCUUUUUUACUGUGGGAGGAGAUGGAGUGAUGUUUAAAUUUAUAACUCAUAUUCCCAAAAAGUCAGUCUUUAAAAACAGACAGAACUUUGGAGUGGGAAUCACCGCAUGGAAAGGACAACUGGACUUACCCGAGACUGUCUCAAGUAAGUCCAGUUGUCCUUUAAACGAAGAGUUGGAUAUCGUAGAUGCUGCAUCCUCAGUUUCGAGUAGAGGAUCCACCCAGCUUGUUCUCAGCAUCCCUGAUGGUCUGGGAAUCAUCAGAGUCCAUGACAUCUGUGAUGGCUCCCUUAAUGCUCAACAACAUCUACAAGUUUAGGAGCAGCACCUGCUGCCAUCCAGACAAAGACUUUUUCAGGGAACACCUUCAUAUUUCAGCAAGACAGUAGCCAUGUUUACAUGGGCAAAAUUAUUUCUCGAUCUGAUUAAAAAUUUGAGGGAUCUGAUCAUCUGAAUUAAGGCUGCACGAUAUUGGAAAAAAAUAAUAUUGCGAUUUUUUUCAACCCUGCGAUAUAUAUUGCGAUAUUAAAAAUACAGGAAUUUUCACCAGAUGACCUGAAUAGCAUUUAAUGUUAUACUGCACUGCUGAAAUCUUGAGGACAGUUAAUCUGCUCUGAUCUUACCUCUUUUUGUGAAUGUUAGAAUGGCUUCUGUCUCAGAGAUAUUUUUAGCUUUUAUUGUGCUGGGACGUUAUUGUGGCAACAGAUGAACACAGAACACGUGUUUUGGUCCUUCUUUUAAUCGAAAUAAUUCCAGAUAACUGACUUUCCUUUUUCUUUUGGGCAACAAAUCUUCAUUUUCGGUGGUUUUCUCUUGUUCGUUGCUCAUUUUGCGAUCGUUGUUGUUAGCGGUGUUGUGCCGAGAAACGCAUGUCCUCCGAGAAUUGCAUGCACCUCGCAAAACGCGCACCGCUUAUAGUAGAGUGGUCCACGGAAAUAUACAAUUUAAAACCCAUACAGUUCUUAUUUGUUGGGCUUAACAGUCAGUAAAGUUCCGAGAGUAAUUCUCAGCGGACACGCGUCUCCCUCCAUGUGCAGAACAUGUGCAGGGGUGGGUUUCCUCCUCUCUGAUUUUGAUUGACAGCUGGCAGGGUAGUCUGAUUGGCAACUGAGAAGUGAGUCUGAUUGGCAACUGAGUAAAGGACGAAUGUGAUUGGUGGAUCGCUGCACAGCACAUGCAGAGUCACAUGGAGUGUAUCUCAGUCGGUUACCCUUGAAAUUAAAUGAGUUCAUUCACCUCCAAUAUCGCAGGCUCUGCGAUGUGACUAUCGCACACACUUACAUUGCGAUGACGAUGUUCAAACGAUAUAUUGUGCAGGCCUAAUCUGAAUCCACUGUUUAUAUGGGUGCAAAAUCAAACAAUCCAAUCAUGACAAACGAGUAUACAUGCACCAAGUUUUAUUCAGAUUAGAGGCAUUUGGACAUGCGCAGAGUUGCUUUGCCAAAAAAAUUGCUAGAACAACCGCAGAAGAAGAAGAGUUGUAUUUACACCUGUGCUGUCAACAAACCAACAAACGCUGUCGUGGCUCAACCCAUCCAAUUUAGGAUUUUCUCCUCUGUUAAAUGAUGUCACUAGAUGGCGCCCUUGCUUAUUUUACUGUCCCGUCAAAAGUUGCUCUAUGCGUGCAGGUGUGACAUCAUGACGCUGUACGUACGCUUUAUUAUGUUGUCAGAGGCGCAGACACGGUACCUGCGGUUGUGUUUUAUGCCAGAGUGUAAAUAAUGAAACCUCCAGUACUGACCUCAUUAAAUAAACCAAAGGCUAAAGAGUGAAGAUCGAGUCAGGUAAGAGAGUCACGAUCGGAAUAAGUGUUUAUAUGGAAGCAGUUUGGAAUAACGAUCGGCAUAAACCAACCCUCUUGGGUGGACGAAUUGGAUCAAAAUCUUCCAAUCAACAUGUUAACAUGGCACUUUUUUAUUCAGGUCGGGCCUUUAUUCUGAUUAUAUGUGCCCAUGUAAACGCAGAUAACGAUAAACUCCAUUCUGCAGGGAAAGUGCAGAAACUGGUCUCCUGGGUUCACCAACAUGUGUUGUCAGAAGAAGAGCUGAGGACACACAGCGAGAAACGUCCCUGACCUAAAUUUUCAGAAAUUAGUUUCUGGCAUUAAAUUCUUUGAAAAACGAAGUUUCUGUAAAUAAAUGUUCAAUCAUUAAAAUCAGUUUUUCCACCACUUUACAGGGUGUUCCAGUCUUUCACUUGUUAGCAGAGUAUCUGCACCCUGUGAUCAUCCUUAGUUUUCUUUACUAACAUGAGUCCUCUUCUUCUACGGAUAAAUCAGCACAUCUCUAAUCUGUAAAAAUAUCUUGAACUGAAGGGGAAAGGUAAAGAGGAGGGAAAAGAGCAGAAGAAAAAAAGCUUAGAGACUCAUGAGAUAUUAAAUAGACUGACACUGACCUCAUCUUUCUGCAGUUUCUUUCACUCAGUGUUUCUCUGCAAAGUCUGUAGUCUUGAUUCAGCUUCAGUGUUGUCCAACCUCAGCUCUGGUGAUGUGAUGUCUGAGCAGCAGCUUUAAAUAUUCUGCAGGUCGAUUAAAUCAGAGGCGUAACACCUGAGCGUCAUAAAGCCGCCUCUCUCUAUCAGCCUUUUAUCAGACUUUCCCAAGAACAGAAACAAAUCUUAGGGAUACCUUAUAAUUGGCUACUGCUGAUGCCAAACAGAAUCCUAACAGGGUGAGGUGAGACCCUGACCUACAGUGAAGGGUUGGACAACCCCCGUUUUGACUCAGUAUGUUGAAAUGAACCCUACACUGUGAAUAUCAGGGGUCUGUAACCUGCCUGCUAUCUACGCCUCAGAGUGCUCUCAUAAAUCUAAACAGUUUUCUAGUUUUUUUUACAAUCUAAAUAGGUUUCUAACUGAACUGGUGGUUUUUGAAAACAAACGUCUGUUUCUGUUCGAUAAACGCGACUGAUGUGACAGUGACCAAACCAACCCAACAUGUGGCUGAGAUUAGAAAUGACUUUAUGCAGAAAAAACAUAAACAUAUCCUGGAUCCUCAAACCAAAAGUGAUCAGUCAAAGCAUAUACCACUGGACGCAAACACCCUCUGUCUACUUCUGAAAACAUUCAAAGUAGGGAUGUGUCAUUUUAUUGGUAUACUUAAAGGGAUAUUCCGGCGUAAAAUUAAUUUAGGGUCAAACACACAGCAACACCGAGUUAGACCCCCCCCUCCAGAGAUGAAUGUUGUCGACCGCUUGCUUCUCAAGUUAUACCAACUUUAGUAACGACCGCAGGAUAGUAAUACAGAGAGCCACGCCCUCAACCAAAACGCCACUCUAUAGCCACAAAUAAUGCUCAGAACAGCACCUAACUUCAUCAACAAGCAGUGAGAAGCAAGCGGUCUGCAACAUUCAUCUCCUGAGGGGGUGCCUAACCAGUGUGUUUGACCCUGAAUUAAUUUUAUGCCGAAAUGUCCCUUUAAGUAUCUGUAAAGGCAUAUAGCGUAGCAUAAACAGUUCAUUACUAGUAUUGACAGAUAUGAAAGUUUCCACCAAUGUUUUACCUGCAGUGAAAAAGUUAGUUUAAAUAUGUGUAAUAAUAGCUUACAUGUGCCGGCAAUGAAAUACAUUCUGUACACAGCUGUAUGGAUAAAUUUAUAGUAGAAUCAAAUGCUUUGAUUCAUGUCUGUUUCAAACCAAAUACACUAUCUCAGUUAGAGUCACAUGAAACCAGCUCCCUCAGAUCCAAAUUUUCCUGCAGCAAACUCCAGGCUCCAGGAAAAUUCAAGUAACCAACAAAAAAAAGUUUUUAAAACGUUUUCUGCACUUUUAAUAUUGAUAAAAAAUCACAUAGACGAGAGAUAAGAGAGUCAGUAACUGAAGUAUGAAAAAGGACCUGCCAGUCAUAAUACCACCGUUACCGCGUCACUCUUACAGACGGGGACUUUUGGGCCGUCUUGUUUAUCAGUUUCUUUUCCCAUCAUGGAAACAGACCACCGAAUGGUAAGAGCACGGCUGCAGCUGCGGUAUUUUUAAUCACAUUCGACCUUUCGCUCAAGCAUCGUUGGUCCUCAGAGGUUAUUUUCCUUAUCCUUUGUGUAGAAACUGCGGUUUUGUUGAUCAGAGUUGGUAAUGGCAGGAGACGCCUCUGUUGUGAAGAUUUCUGAGAGAGGUGUCAUCGAGGGUUUGGUUUAGUUUAUGAAUCAUUUUAUUGAAUAUGUUUUUUGCACAGACACGAUAAAGUGUAGAGGCAGAAAAAUAGCUGCUCUGUCUCAUAGUUUGUCUUUCAGUUUUCUUUUCCAGAAUAUUGGCUCAGCUGAUGUUUUACCUUUAUCACCAAUGGACUUGACCUCACGAUAAGCAGCAGCUGGAAAUCUGCAGGUGACGCAGAUUUCGACCAUAAAUAAAUCCUCCUGUCUUUAUCAGCCACAUACUGUCUGUCUUUCCUUUUCAGAGAAUGGAAACAUACAGUAAAGACACUGAUUCAUCUGUACAUUUAGCAGCUCUUUCCUGGAGGCUGGCAUCAGACAUAUUGAUGCUACAUUAUCCUGACUGAGUUAUUCUAAUACUUACAAAUAAAUGGUCAUGUUAAAGUUUGAGAAAAACAAAGUGUCUUUCAACCUUUCAUGCAAAAACUAAACUAGCGUGAUACAUUUAAUGUUGUAACAGUGAACACAUUUAUUCUGGUUAGUCUGAACGUCUCGAACAGGCAGUGAAAUAAAACACUGAGAAUAUGAAGCGUCUAUUUUCAAUCAUUUUAUUAAGAAGAAGCAGAUCAGGCAACAUUAGAAACACAUUUUAAAUCAAAACACGUAAAAAGUCGCCAAAAGCAACCCCAGUCAUAGGAAAUCAUUAAAACAUUUUUCUAUUUAAGUUUUUAACACAAUUUAAUAUUGAAUCAGUUAUUUAAUCAUCAUUUUACAAUCAGUAUUUUCUGGUUCCAGUUUCAUUAUCAGUGCUCUGAAGCUUCAAUUUGAUAGUUAACGGGCAUUUAUAUAUUUUUUUUUACAAUCUUAUGACACGUAACAGCAGGCUACUUAUCUGCAAUUUUGAGCUGCUGAAACCAAGAAGGCAAACAUAAGUCGACUCUGAAUAACGGGAGGGAAAUAUCGCACAAGAAAAGCCCCAAAAGCACAACAAAAGAAAAAGAUAUGCUAUCGCAAUAAAGCAGAUUUUUGGUCAUGCCAGACCUCAGAAGCCCGGAGUUACACCUGUGAGCCAACCUGUACAAACACUUUUUUACCAACGCUGUAUUUCAAGUAUUAUAUUUGGUUCCUCUAGUGACACCUGUGGUAUGAAGCUGAUACUGCAGGUUUAACUUUGGUCGUCGCUCUAAGUACAGUCCACGCAGUGAUACUUCAAAUAACUUAAUCUUAUAAGUUAUACAUAAACACUUUUUUAUGCUCUUUAUGUAGGAAGAAAAUGAGGUGUUGCAUGUUUGAAGGGAGCUUUGUAAAGAGCUACAGAGCUAUUCUGUAGUUUUCCUUAAAGCAUCUCUGAAGUUUUACAUUUGAAAACUGUUCACUGAGCCCUCUUUGCAUAUAACAGUUAUUUAUAUCAUAUAUUAUAACAAUACAAGAGCUUUCCCCACUUCCACAGUGAGAGGAUCUACAACGUGAGAGCUGCAACACUCUCACGUUUAUUCAUAGAUUAUAAUCUGCUGCUUAAACCAGACUUUUCUAUCUAGUUCAGGGUCAGGGAUCCCCAAAAUCAAAGUUAUGGCUUCAGUUUAAACAUUUUAAAGCAAACAGUAUGCAGAUUUAUUUAUAAUCAUAAUAUAUAAACUAUAGUCAGAGGACAUUUUCAUGACUUGCUCCACCUUUUCAGUGUGUUUUUGUUUUUUCUGGACAUCGUGCAUCAUUGCUAACUCCAGUCUUUGCCCUAAUCUCUAAACGACAGAGAUUCGGCUUCAUUCAUAGUUCUUUUAAACAUAUUCUGUUUUAGAUCAUCUUGAUUUACUGCCUCCUUGGCAUUAUGACGUAGAACUAUUUUGUUGCUAUAAAUGUGUUGUCCAUAUUUGAAAUACUUAUGGAUCAGUUGUCACAUUUUUUUUUUUUUUGCAGAUGACACGCAGCUGACAAACUAGAAUAUUUUUCAGCAGAAUACUUGCAGUCCUGGUUCUUGUCAGUGUUCAACUUUUUAUACAGACGAAAUGCAGGUUUAGUUUUUUUACAUCUGACGAUAUCAUUCAAGCCGGACUCUUUUAUGGACUUUUUUUAGGCCCUUUUCAGCCCUUAAUAUGCAGUUCUAUUUUACACCUUGUUUUAUUUCUAGAACUGGACACAUACUGUAGGACCCUGAUCCUCAUCUGCAGACUUGAGGCAGUACUAUCUGUUUUCAUACAGAUGACACCCAGCUUUGUUAUGAGAAAUUACUUCAUGGUUUAAGGCAGACUUUUUACAUACACAAGCGAUGAGACUAAAGGCACUCCAUUAUACUUUUACGUUAUAGUAUUUUGUUGCUUUAACCAAAUUAUUGCAUAGGGUUUAGACAAGUCUACUUAUUCUGCAAAGAAAGGCACGGAUGGUUAUGGUAUCAUCAUUAAAGUCAUGGUUGACGAUCGGAGAGAUUGGUAAUUAUUAUGAACCUCGUUUCUAUGGCGAUCAUGGUCCUAUAGUGCGAUCUCCACAAAGUGAAGAGAAAAAAGAAGAGAAAAAAAAUCACCCUAUCAGGUGCAGGGCUGCAAAAACAUUGACCAAUGGGAGCCAUCCGUCCCGGACAGCUGCUAUUAGUCAAUAUCCUGCUCCGCCUCUCCAUCCAAUCACCUCGCUGUAUUCGACACACCCCUCUCCCGUAGUUGCGACUCGUCCCCUCCCACUCUCCCGGCCCUCCUCGGAGCUCUGAGCGGCUAAAAGUAGCACAGUGUUUUUUCAAUUGCUUCUCAGAUCGUCAACCAUGACUUUAAGUAACACACAAGCUGAACUUAAGCCCUGUGCACCAGUUAGACUUAAGCCCUGUUUGUGUUACUCCUGGGUCUGACUUUUAUCAGACAGAAAGCUGCUGGUCUCACAAACGGAGUGGAUUUUAUAGGAAUGAAUUCUCUGAUGUUUUGCUCAGAGACCCCCUGAGUUUUCUCUCUGUCUGUUUGUGUCGGAGCUGUUCAGUUCAAAGCGAUAAUGAUUUUAUCAUCAUUGUGAACACUUGUGUUUAGACCAGACGAAGCCAUGUCUGGUCUUUGUUAGGUUUCAGUGUUUUAGCGGCGUGUUUGGGUCAAAGAGCAGGCCAUAGCUAAGCUGGGCAUACACAGCCGGCUUAGUGUAUGCCCAGCUGGUGCACUUGGCUUCUGGUUCCUCGGCAGACAUGGCGAACAUGUCGCUUCUUUUAUGCAGAUGACUCCCUGCAUUAUUAUAUAAAAGUAUUUUGUUGCCUCAAAAACUCUUUGUCGUUUGAUUGUGACCUGCUGCGUCUUCACCCAAAAUACACACAGAGGGCUCUAUUUUCGUGCGCGCCGGUGAGGCGGCGGAGGACGGCGAGCCCCGCGCAGUUGUAUUUUCGUCUGGCGGAGCCCAGCGUAAGGCCAGUUUGGUAUUUUCGUGGCAUGAGCCGCACGGAGGCGAGCCGAGAUCCGCCAAGCUGGGCGUGGUGGCGUGGCAGGGGGAGGUUUCGACAGAAUCAGCUGGUAAUUCGUCUCCCUCCUUUUCUUUCUUCCUCUUCCUCUUAUUUCUCGCACAGCUCGACCUGGACAUGUCUCCGUGUCCUCUGUCCGUCUUGCUGCUGCUGCAGCUGAACAGAUGAUUUGUUUCAGUGCUCAGAUGCGUUAUCUACUUUAAGCCGACAUACGGAUAUGAUAAUAUUCAGUUUUGUGAGCCAAAUUUAUUUUAUAUGCCAACAUCUAUGAAAGAAAGAGCCAGGCCACGGAGCGCAAUGGGUCAUUUACGCACAGAUGGUUCCGAUUUUAAUGCCAUUUUUGGAGUUUAUGUUGUGAUCUGUGCGCUCAACCCACCUUUGUCACGUGAGGUUUGAAUAUGAGCAACUUUAUGUGAGUGUCUUUAUUUGUGGAAAAGGGUGUUUGUCUUACCAGUGGGUCCAACAUUACGCACACUAAAUCCAUCUGUGCUCAUAUGAGAGAGUGUGGAGGACACUUGUUGAGGAGCUGCCCUCUGUCGCCAUCUUGUGGCAUUACUGUCUUAAGACAUCUCUUGAUCUCUUUGACUACUUCAUGAAAAUAGUAAUACGCCUCGCCUGUGGCGGAUUUAAAGGCAAGGAGAGGAGCCUAUGUGAUUGGUGAAAACAGGUCUCGGCUGUGUUAAACCAACUACACGCCCUUUCUCCUCCCCGUCUACGACUUAUGGUGCUGGGAGGAGCUGAGUUAGGGAGGGGGGAUACUUACGCCGGGCUGCGCGGCUCACCAAAAUACCAAAAUGUGCUUGGGAACGCCUUGUCAGCGCGGCGGAUCUGACUGACGCUGCGCUUGCGGCACGUCUCCGGCGAGGCACCAAAAUAGAGCCCAGAGUCAGUUUUCUCCGUUUUACAGAUUCAUUGAGAGACUCUGAUUUCAUGAAUGAAACUGGAGAUUUUACACACUUGUCGCUCUGGUUAUUAUCUGCAUGUUAGGAGAAGUCAGUGUCCAGUUUUUAACAGAGUACUAAGGUGCCCUGGUCCUUGUUUGCAUAGACUUGGCAGUAAUAUCCAGUUUUAUGCAGUUUAAAUGUGAAAUACUGUUCUGACUUAAUACAUGCUGAACCUUUUAACACUCAUCACUGCGUAUGUACCAACACAAGUUUUAAACAUUCAUACCUGAACACAAACACAGUCUGUGCCAGAAGGACUUUACUAAUACUCAUAAAUACGACCUCAUCUUGUCUGGUUUCCCUGAAGGUGGCGCUCACAUAAUAGUGACAACUAUUGAUUGAAGUCUCUCUCUCUAUGACUGUGGUCAAGAUCAAGAUAUCAGCCGUUACUGUAAGUCUGCGUCUUAAACAGCCCUGAGGAGGCGUCAGUGCCGAAGUCUGUCACAGCUCUCUGGAGGUCUUAUAGAUUUGUUUUUGUGAUGGCAGAGAAGAAGAGGAUGAAACAGGUGAUGCGAAUCUUAACGGCUUUCCAGUUUACAGAGCUGUAACAAAGUCUUAGCACCCUCAUCACACCAGAAUCUGACACUAAACUAGAAUCGUUUACAGUCAUCCGUAACUAUGAGCCAACAGUCCUGAGUAACGGAUUAGUUACAGGAAGCCUGCUGCCUGUGUAAACAUGUCUUUAAUCUAAAAGUGCAUUCAGAUAUCUGCUUAUAAAUACGAAUAAGGCUACAAACUACCAUGACAAGUUAAAAAACACAUGUUGUUAGAAAAGCAGUAACAGCUUCAUGAGAAGGUACUAAAGGUUCGAUUCACAGAUAAAAAGUGCUGCGUGCUGACGUAGCAGGUUGGCUCCAAAGUGUCUGUCAUCACUGAUUAAAGUGACCCAGGCUCAGCUGGGCGUGGUACAUGAUAGAUAGCAGCUAUUUUACAGGCUGGUUUAAAAAAAAAAACAUGGCAACAAAGAAAAAAAAAAAAAAAAACAUGGCAACAAAGAAAAAAAAAAAAAAACAUGGCAACAAAGAAAAAAAAAAAAAACAUGGCAACAAAGAAAAAAAAAAACAUGGCAACAAAGAAAAAAACAAAAACAUGGCAACAAAGAAAAAAAAAAAAAAAACAUGGCAACAAAGAAAAAAAAAAAAGUGAUGUUCCUGAUCUCCAGACUGAAGAUCAGAAACUGGUCCGUCAUCCAGCAACUGUUCCUCUGCACCAUAGACUGAAUAAAAUCAUGGCUAAAACCUUUAGCCCCGCCCCCUCUGUGUUAAAUCAACAUGUCGAAUAGAUUUUUUUCUCAAAUACAGUUUUUGAUGGAAAGGUUAACUCUUAUUUCGAGAGUUUCUGGUUUCUCUUUGUUGGUGCUUAAUCUGUUAUAAAUGUUAAAAUAAAUCCUUUCACCUAAAAAAUUUAACUGUGUGAAACAUUGUGAAUUUGGGAUGGAGUUCAGUGGGGUCUCAGUCGUCAAAUCCAAAAAAAACCUGAAUACCAUUCCUAGACCUGUUCAUCAAACUGACCUUCCUCCAACUUGUUCUCAUCGUUCACAGCAGAGUAUGUUGUUGUUUGGUCUGCAGAUCUUCUGCGCUUGGUGAUGAUCUUCCAGAGGAACACACCAACAAAGGCAAUGGCCAGAAGACAGGCAGCAGGGAUACCGAUGGAGACACCGAGUUUCCACUGUUCCACACAAACGGUCUUGGAGAGGCACACUUUGAUCGCUGGAGGAGGCGAAGCUGAAAAGAAACAGGUUGGUGUUUUUUUUUUUAAACCUUGUGAAUGAAGUGAAAGAACUUUGAAUCAAACAAGAAGAAGAAGAACAGGUGAUGAUUUAUGUGGAGUAAUGGAGGAAGAGGAGGAAGGGGGAGGAGAAGAAGAAGAGAGGAGAGCAGGGAGAGGAGGGAGGAAAGGAGAGCAGGGAGAGAAGAGAGGAGAGCAGGGAGAGGAGGGAGGAAAGGAGAGCAGGGAGAGAAGAGAGGAGAGCAGGGAGAGGAGGGAGGAAAGGAGAGCAGGGAGAGAAGAGAGGAGAGCAGGGGGAGGAAAAGGAGAGAGGAGAGCAGAAAAUAAUUAUUAUAGUCACUUUAUUCAUAUUGCACUUUUAUAGAUAAGAUUGAUUGAUUCAAUGUCAAAUAUACAUACCAGACCGAUGUAUAAAAUAUGACUCCCAACUACACUCACAUUGAUUUUUUUAUAUUUAUAUUUAUUUCAAAUAGCUAAAUGGAAGAAUCACAGAAAACAGACUUAGAUGUGAGAUAGUUUAACAUAUGGGUUGUAGACAGUGAUCAGUUGAGGGUGUUCAGCUGGGGUCCAGUUUGAGCAGGAAUUAUGAAAAUUAUGAGAUUUUAUGUUUAUGAUACAAGAAGAGGAAAAAUGUGAUAUUCAUCAGUCCAAAGGUUUAAUAAGAGCCGAGGUUUCCCUGAAACAACGACGCUGCCGAGUGUUUCAGAUCUGAUAGUGACGGAUGUCUCCUGACUGAGUAACCCAUCAGAAAACAGGAUCAGGUUUCAUUUCAGCAAGUAAAGCACAAUAAACUCUGCCGAGGGGAAUCUUGACAGGUUGUGAGGUAAACUACUCGUCCCUGAUAACAAGCGGAAAAACGAGGGUGUGGCUGUUUUUCCACUCUCACUCCCACACAGCCAAAAUAAAACACUCUGUGAACGGCCUCAGGUCACUCUGGAAAUACUGGAAACUUAAUUUACAGUCACUUAUUGUUAACUUCAUAUGAGGAAGUGUUGUGAGGUGUAGGUGUGUAUCUGUGUGGUUCAGUUUUAGUGGAAAAACAUCAGCAGUCUGUAAAAGCAGCGAUACCAGAAGUGACAUAAACACAAGAACAAACUGACGACUCAAGUCACGACGCCCGUGACGAAGCAUGAGGACUAAUAAAAGCUUCGGACUCGGAUUCACACCAAACCUCAUCAACCACCCGAAAAGGGAGGGAAGCACUGAUACCCCCCCUGCUGGUGAAAUGUGAAAACACCGUUCCUUAGAAAUGUUACAGCACUUUAAUCCUUGUGUACCCUUUUGGACGAAAGGGUGUUUUUGUCCACUAACUUAAUCUGCUGUAAAAACAUAUGAAAGAGAUAUUCUUUUCAAUUUUACACACACACACACACACACACACACACCAUUGCAGAAUGCAUGAUAAUGCAGCGUCAUGGCUGUAAUUUCACAAAAUGUGGUUAUAAUUAGUCAUUGGGGAGCGCAAAUUGAAAUUUGAUGCUAUAUUCAAUAUUUUUGAUCUGGACUAAGUUUGACAAAGAGAUUUGAGCCAAAAAAAGAAAGAAAAAAAUGUACUGAUGUGUUUUUGCAGCAGCUAAAGUAAUUUGCUUAUAACGGCCACUAUAGGCAAAAAAUAAAAAGUUAGUGUUAUUACUAAUAUUUGACAUAUCCAAGGGUGUGGUAGCAUGUGAAAAAUCUCCAGCCCCGAAUCACUUUUUAUAUUAAAUAUUUUGUCAUUUUGUGUGAUUUUUUUCCUUUCUACUAAAUCAGUGACAUCACCUCUGGAUUUGGUAUUUAAAGAUUUGAAAAUGAUUUUUUUUUUUAUUUGUUAAAUUUUUUUUGAUCCGGAAUAAGUUUGACAAAGACAUUUGAGCGAAAAAAAAAAAAGAAAAAAAUUUACUGUUUUUACAGCAGCGAAAGUAAUUUGCUUAUAACAGCCACUAUAGGCCAAAGAGGGGGUAAAAUAAAGUUUUAACCCGAUGCUGUGCAAAAAAUAAAAAUUCAUCAAAGUUAAUGUUUUUACUAAUAUUUGACAAACUCGAAGAAGUGAUAGCCUCUAAUCACUUUUUACAUUCAAAAUUUGUCAUAUAUUGUGAUUUUUACCCAAAUCAGUGACAUCACCUCUGAAUUUGGCAUUUAAAGGGUUAAAAUUCACAAUAAAAAAUAAUAAUAAUUAAUGUUAUGAUAAGGAAUGAGCUUGAUGAAGAGAUUUGAGAAAAAAAAAAAAAUGAAAAAAAUGUACUGAUGUGUUUUUGCAGCAGCUAAAGUAAUUUGCUUAUAACAGCCACUAUAGGCCAAAGAGGGGGUAAAAUAAAGUUUUAACCUGAUGCUGUGCAAAAAAUAAAAAUUCAUCAAAGUUAAUGUUUUUACUAAUAUUUGACAAACUCGAAGAUGUGAUGGCACGUAAAAAAUCCUCAGCCUCUAAUCACUUUUUAUAUUAAAAAUUUGUCAUAUAUUGUGAUUUUUACCCAAAUCAGUGACAUCACCUCUGAAUUUGGCAUUUAAAGGGUUAAAAUUCACAAUAAAAAAUAAUAAUAAUUAAUGUUAUGAUAAGGAAUGAGCUUGAUGAAGAGAUUUGAGCAAAAAAAAAAAAUGAAAAAAAUAUUUAUCUGGUAUGUUUUUACAGCAGCUAAAGUCAGAGGCCAAAAACAGCCAAUAAAGUGAGUCUUUUGGCCAAAAAAGUGGGGUAUUUUGCAGCCAACUGGCUAAAAAAAAAAGCCACAAGGUGACACAAGGGUUAAUAACCAUUAGUGCUCAUUAAAAAUACAACAUAAGAAUAUCACGUCAGGUGGAUCCUGAAAGAUCACCGGUAACCUGACAGCCUGUCUGUCUGCUGAGUACAAAUGAACACAUGAAACCGCACAUUAGUCAUCCUGAGGUUGAGUCACAUUCUUAGAAAUACACCACAGGAAUCAGUGAGUGUGUUAUGGAAACAGGAGAAAGCUCACCGGUAGACUGUUGGAUAGAUCCAUAGGGAAGGUUGCAGUUAACUGGAAUUAAAAAAUAAUAUGUUAAUGAUAUAUAAGAGCAGCAGAGGAGACAGAUAUUAAAUUAUAAGUUGAAAAAAAUCCAAAGACUUCGGUUCUCAAACAUUUUAGCCCAUCUUAACGUAAACCAAAGAAAGUAAACUGAAGUUAAAGUUUGUGUCCAUCCUCCUGUAGUGGGUUAGAAAAUAACCCCAGUAGUUUCAGGAGAUGACCACUAGAUGGAGCUAAUUCUCUAGUCAUUGCCUGGAACGAUUUACGGGAAAUGAUAAAACUCAGAGGACAGUGCUGCUGAGACAGUAAACCUGAGCUCCAGUUUGACGUCUUUUUAUCUUCAUGAUGAGUUAAAGCCACAAAAAGCUGAAUGUAACCUGAGAAGUAUAUUUACUAUAAAGCAAAGGACAUUAACCUUUUUUAUUUUUUAUAUUUAUAAUUAUCUAUAAAAGACACUAAAUGACUAAACUGUCCACACGGGGGGAAACAGGCCUGGACUACAAACUCAGCGCCCUCUGUGGAGUGUAAUGUAUUAUAUCGCGUUAGACUAUGAUAUGUUAUUUAAUUUGGCCUUAUAGAGAUAUUUGAGCCAAAGUUUUCCCUCAGAAAUGUGGUCGUCUUAUAAGAAAGGAGCUGAACGUGUUAUCCCGGUAAAGAGAAACACAAGAAGCUCAGCGUUCGUCAUGACAACCGUCUUUAAAGCCGAAAAAUAUUCACCGAUAAUGACACUUGAAAGGGUUUCCAGGGUCUUUCCAACUUUUCUGAAACCUCCUCCUUCCUUCUCAUUUCUUUAUGCCCAUGAUAUGAAUCAUUCGACACUCAAUGACCUUUACAAAGAAAAGAACGGUAAAUUAGGAUAAUGAUGUGAUGAAAAAACACUCACAGCUGCAGUUGGCUUUCUCUCGAACCUGCAGGAGGAAACACAGAGAGAGAUCGAGGAGUUAGAGCUAAAAAUAAGAUUUAAAGUUUUUCAUUAUUAGGCAGAUCCUCAGAGAUUUUCUCACACAAUUUUAGACCCAAAUUAUGUUCAUUUGUGAGGUUUGCAUGAGAAAUAAAGAGCCAGACUGUAAUAUCGAGGAAGAGCAGUCGGAGUUUUCAGAGGGAACAUGUCUGGACAUGUUUGAGGUCUGAGGAGAGACUGUUUAAACCCUGAAAUUAUCAGUGUUAUCUAGAACAAGAGGACAGAGGAGGGUGUGUGGAAAAGUAAACUCUGGGUUCGAGGGAUGCAUCGUCUAAGUCACACUUCAGUUUCAGCAGCUUCAGGUUAUUAAGCUUCUCUUUUCUUGCAGCUCAGCAUUGUUUUUGUCUACUGUGACGUUACAGCAGCGAUUUAAGAACAAGAAGCUCGUGAUAAUCAUGAUCAGUAUGAUCCUCCAUUUAUCAGGUUUUAAUUAUUAACCCAUUUAAAGCGGGACAGCAUGGACGCAUUUCGACCUUCCAAGCCGGGAGCGCAGAUUCGUCAUUUUGUCACAUUCUGUAGUUUUUCAGUCAUUUCUGGAGUCGUGGUGAACCAAAUCAUCAUACCCGUCUGCCUGUGAUCGGCAGAGAAGGUAGUGAUACUGACAGAAAUGAUGACGUUGACAACCCUGAUUUUGAACCUUCUGGGCCACAAGAUAAAGAUUUGUGGAUGAGAGGAUGAGAGUAGGCCUGUCACGAUAACAAAUUUUGCUGGACGAUAAUUGUGCUACAAAUUAUUGACACCAUUUUUUAAAUUAUAGAUAAUGAUAUUAUAUGUCAUAAUAAUGCGAGUACACCAUGUCAAAAGUGAUAAACUUUCCACACGAGAACAACACUGGUUGUUUUCGUUGACUAAAAUAUUUCCCUUUUCUCCCACGACGAAGACGUAACGUUGACGAGCUAAACAUAAGUCGGAGAUGACUAAAAUGUGACGAGACGAAAGUGCGUUUACGUUGAUGGGACGAGACGAAAAUGACGAACAGAGUUGCAAAACUCAGUCAGUUAAACGCUAAACAUACAGGAGCAGCUUCAGUCCGCUCUGACAGCUCUCAUCAGCCUGCUGUGCUCCUCCAACACACAGACACACACACGCACGCGCGCGCGCGCACACACGUGGAGUUUUGUGGUUGACGAAAGCAAAACUGGUUUAAAGCCGAAAUAUUCCCACACUUGGGCUGUUGCGUUCGGUUUAGACACCAAAGCUGUCGUGUUCAUUCUGUUAGCUUGCUUUUCACUCACGACGCUCACUUGCAGCACUGUAUCCAAAAGUCUGUGUCUGUGUGCCUGUGCGCGCGCCAGCCCCCUCGUGACAAAGACACUGAAUGACUGACAGGAGGGUUCACUAACUCCGUUCAUUCCGCUAUAGAGCCAACGCCCCCAGGUGCCGAGAACAAUGCGCAGAGUGAGACCUCUUCUCUCAUCCAGCGUGUUUGGUAGCGAGAGAGGAGGAAAACAAACGCAUGUUAAUUAUCGAGGCUGGCAAAAUGACCGACCUCGUUUUUAUUUAUCGAGCGAUAAGGCGAUUUAUUGAUUAUCGCGACAGGCCUAGUUGAGAGGAAUGUUUUUGGUGGACUUCUCCCUGAAAAUGAGAGAUCUGGUGGAGCUCCAGUCUGUGGCUGUAAACAGUGAGAACAACCUCUUCAUAACGGGGUCUUUGUCUCACACUAUCGGCGAUUUCUCCUGGUGAAUUUUGGUUUUUUUUAUUAGUUUUUAGUUUUUAGUUCUGCUUUUGUACUGGCACUAUAGUAGGGCAGCUGUAUACUCUUUAACACUUUAUUUCUUAUAUUUAGAUUUGUUUUGAUGGACACUUUAUCAUGACUGCCACUUGUUUUACAGAAAGCAAAUAGUUUGUUAUCCUCCAGAGUCUUUACUCUUAUUUAAACAGCCGCUUUAUUUCAUUUGAGUUUGUUUGUUCAAGGUUUUCAAUAAUCUGAUGAAGGUUUGGAUAAAUAGAAAUAAAAGACACGUGUGUAAGCUCUCAAAUACUUUUUGAAUUUUGUUUCUACCUGCUACAGAGGUCGAGAUAUCAGCUCUUUUGUAAACCUCAGGAUCAGGGGGCCCUUCUGAAAACGGCCCUCAGGGUUUCAGGGGCGAGGCUCAGACAGGGUUCAGGUCUUAACGGGUUAAAAAUGUCUGCAGAUACAAAUUCUUUAGUGCAAAAACAACCACACAUUAGUUCAUUCUGUCAGUGAAGAUGGCAGCUGCUCUGCCUGAUUAAAAAUAUUUCUUCACUGCUUUCGAACAUCCUUCUGUUUAAUAAUGUUUGAUAACACAGAUCAUUUCUGUUGUUAGGUGUGAAUUUAAUCCUAAUCAUAAAGUCGACCUGGAAAUGAAGCCCUCAUGAUAUUUGAUCUUCUAGCUCCACGACCGUGCGUGAGCAUUAUUUCAGACGCCUACAGGAACUGUGUCGCAACUGGACUUGGCUCGCAGCCCGGGGCUGUUUGUCUCUCAGAGUCCAGGUCUCAUCCAGCUGGUUUGACAAAAGUCUUGGAAAAUCCCCGUCAGGCAUCUACAUCGUUUUUCCACUCAGGAGCUGGGAAUGAUUCAAGUCUGGGACUAAACCUUUUUCUGAGGCCGGUAUCUUACCUUUCCACACUGCCAAAAAAAGUCCAGAUGGCUCUGGCAGUGUUUCAGUGUGAUGGAGUUCAUCGUCACAUUCUUCACCGUUUUGUUAUCAAACUUGAGGCCGUGGGCAAGGUUGGUCCCCUGAAAAUGUAAGAGAAGAAUGAAUGCAGACUGAGAGAGCCAAAGAAAGUUCAGAUGUGAGUGAAAAGAUUUCUGAAAACAAAAAAAGGAAGUCACGAGUACACAGGGGGUUUCCUACAACAACAGAGGCUGGCACUGUCACUCUUUUAUAGAAGAGGUACUCGACCUAGACACUCUUACAGACUCAAAGAUAACUCAACUCAACUCAACUUUAUUUGUAGAGCACUUUAAAACAACCACAGCUGUACAAAGUGCUGUACAUAACAGGACAAAAACAACAAGAUAAAAAACAAUCAAGAAACAAUUAAAACAAUGGAUAAAAUAAAAGCAGAAUUAAUAAUAAAAUAUAGCUUCAAUGUUUUUAAAAACUAAUUUAAAAACAUAGAAACAAAUAACUAAAAACAAACCAUAGAACACUAAAACAGGAGCCGAGUCUCAUGGAGGGUUAAAAGCCAAUGAAUAAAAAUGGGUUUUAAGACGACUUUUAAAAAUGGACAGUGUGGGGGCUUCUCUGAUUUGGAGGGGUAGCUCGUUCCAUAAAAUUGGGGCAGCAACAGAAAAAGAUCUAUCCCCUCUGAGCUUCCGUUUGGACCUCGGUACCUGCAGGAGCAGCUGAUCAGCUGACCUGAGGCACCGAGCAGGGGUGUAGGGGUGGAGAAGCUCAGAGAGGUAAGAUGGAGCCAGACCAUUUAAAGAUUUAAAAACAAAUAAAAGAAUCUUAAAAUGAACUCUAAAAUGCACAGGUAACCAGUGGAGGGAGGCCAGGAUGGGAGUAAUGUGCUCCCUCUUACGUACUCCAGUUAAGAGCCGGGCAGCUGCGUUUUGAACUAACUGGAGACGUGAGAGGGAGGACUGGCUGACUCCAAAAUAAAGUGCGUUACAGUAAUCCAGCCGAGAUGUAACAAAGGCAUGGAUUACUGUUUCAAAGUGCUUACGUGAAAGAAAAGGCUUUGCCUUCGCCAGCUGCCUAAUAUGAUAAAAACUGGAUUUCACUACCGAGCUAAUUUGCCUGUCGAAUUUAAAAUCACUGUCCAUCUUAAAACCCAAAUUUGAGACGGUUGGCUUUAAAUAAUCUGCUAAAAUACCCAAGUCUACAGGAGGGGUUUCACAAGGGCCACUGGGACCAAAGACCAUCACUUCUGUUUUUUUUUCAUUGAAGUUUAAGAAAUUCAAAGCCAUCCAGGCUUUGAUGUCUUCAAGACACGCCAGAAGUGGAGUAAGGGAGAAAGCAUUUUUUUUGUUAAGUGGCACAUAUAUCUGACUGUCAUCAGCGUAACAAUGAAAUGAAAUGAAAUACGACUUUAUCAGUCCCACAAGGGAAAAUUCCCCAAUUAUUAUCCCGAGGACUCUGCACGUGAAGGGAGUCAAUUAGACUCCAAAAGACUCCGAGCUUCUCCUGUUACACAACACUGAAGACACAGCUCACCGAGGACACCAUCAAAUAACCAGCUCAGGUGUCUGUGUGUGUUUUCAGAUCAUCAGAUAGAUGAAGUAUGACACAGCUUCAUGAUAGGGGAUGACUAAUGUAACUCAUAAAGUGCUGACAGUCAGAACGCCGACAUGUCAUUAAAAUGUCUGUUUACUAUCAUCUUAUCGCACCGCUCUGUCUGACAGGAUUCUGAGAUAGUGUUGUCGAGGAUCUUUUUUCUUUUCCUCCAUCAGCCUGAGGUUGGAGCGGACGCCGUCGUGUCUUAUACAUAGGGUUGGGUAUCGUUUGAUUUUGAACGAUUCCGAUUCCGAUUUCGAUUCCUCAUUUCGAUUCCGAUUCCUAUCGAUUCUUUAUUUCGAUUCUUUUAAAAGGCAGGAUAUCAUAAAAAAAAAGCAUGGUUUGAAUGAGGGCGCUAACCGGAGCUCUUCUCUUUGGAUGUAAUUUCUGAACUUCUCCAUGAAUUUUUAAAUCAUAUUAACUUUUUAGGAACUUUACUAUGAAUUUCUCACAUUUUCAACCAGUAUAUAAAUAUCAUUUUUUGUUGUCAGGUCGUUUGUCUAUGAAAAAGCACAAGGGCUAACGUUAGUUGGAUAUUUAAGUUGACCCACCGUACUCAGUGCAAUUUCUUUACCGUUUCAAAGUUAGCAGAGGAUAGAAGUAAUUUAUUGUUUCACUUAUCUGAUCCUGACUGGUUAGCGGAAGACAGGUGUUGUGCUGUAGAAUGCACCCCUGCUGUAGAAUGCCUCCCCUCCACUGAUUAGCUUCUUAAAGUGGAAGACAAUGAUCUCAUAUUUAAUAAAACACGGGUAUUAGAUCAUGACAACAUGUCAAAUGGAGCAGUAAACUUUCGUUUUGUUUGUAUGUGUCUUAGAAACGCACACAUAGAGGUGUACUUGUGUAUAUAAACUGUACAGUCAGCUGUUAAUGUAGAGAACAUUAUAUUUUCAGGACAGUAAAUAUUCCGAAUCAGAGGGCUAUUGUUUUCGGCAUAUCUGAAUAGCCUGAAUGAAAUCAUUAAAGGCACACGCUUUAGAUUCCGUCCAACGGUAAGAAAAACUUGGAUUGUUUCACCUUGUUGUGUACUUUCAACCGCGCUCCCGUCAGGGGUGCAUUCAACAGCAAGGGUGCAUUCUAUGGCAUAACACCGGCGAAGCGCGUCAAAGACGAGCACUCGGGUAUUUCUCCUCCAUGAAUCCUGAGGUGUUUAAUCAUGUUUGUCGUUUACCCUCCUUUGCAUGAUAUAACUGUAUUGCUAAUGUUGCAUUGAGAUAAGAGUUCAUUCUUCCUGCUAAAGUUAGCCAAACUUUUGACCAACGAAGAAGAAGCUGCCGAACACCAACGAGGACGGAGCGCACGAGACGGAGCCACACAGAGAGAGGAGAGAGACAGAGAGAGAUUGUAACCCACAGCGGCUGCAUUGCUGUGGGUUACAAUGUACUUUCUCUCUCUGUCUCUCUUCCCUCUCUGUGUGGCUUCGUCUCAUACGCUCCGUCCUCGUUGGUGUUAAGCGGCUUCUUCUUCGUUGAUUUUCGGCGGCUAUUUCUUCCGGUCGGCGGACUCCGGCAUCGAAACUUGGAAUCGAAAUUUUUAUAUUUGAACGAUACCGGAAGAAUCGAAGUUUUAGUCUCGAUUCCCAUCGAUUCUCGAUUCUCGAUACCCAACCCUACUUAUACAUGAGGUUUUAAUCUAUUCGUUGUUUGACAUGCGACCUGUUAGCAUUACGCUAACACAUUAUCUGACUGUUUUGGUACGGCUCAAAACUUUGCGAAACUUUAGAAAAAAGUAAAAGUAAAUGCCGCAAUAUCCCAGGGCGGGAAAACGUCGCUGAUCCAGGUGCAGUCGUGUUGAUAUGAAAAAUGUAUUUUUUAUGAUCUAAUGUGACCUGAUUUAUUUUGAAGGUCUCAGUUUGUCACAGAUCUUUGCAGACACUCCUGUCUGAAAGAGAAAGACUUACAUUCUCCGAUGUCCACUUUGGCCGGCACUUUAAUGUCCAGAGCUCUGGAGACAGCGUGUACGUGAAGGUGCCAUCGGCGUUUCUGGCUGCAGUGCACGUGACCUCUGAUGCUGUUGUUGAGGCCGAGGCGAGCCGGAACAUCAGCAAAAGUGCAGCGACUGAAAAUGAAGAAAACAGAAAAAUCCUGAGACUGAAAACAAACUUCAAACUUCAGACUGUUCAACAUUCAGAGAACCCUCGGUGAGUUCGUACGGCUGAUUUAAAACAAACACUGAUGGGCAUUUCUUCUACUUAUCAAAAAUAAACUGCUUUUUUUUUAAUCCCCCGCAGCAGGUCCCAGGGUCAAAGGUCAAGUCUGCAAGCUCAAGACAUGAUGUCAGAGGAAUUCUGCGGGAGACUGUCAGGAUCUAACUUGAACUCUGCUGUCAGCAUUCCUGAGAGAUCUGGAGAAAGAGGCGGGGAAGGUGAAAGGAAAAACAUCAGGUGACCAACAUUCAUCAAACACGGCCUUCGUCGUCCUGACGGGUCGAACAAGUGAGGCUGCUGAUGUCCGAUCAUUUAGGCCCGAACUACACGAAGGCGGAUAUAUUUCAAACCACACAUAUUUAUGUCCGAUUAGGCCUCCCUACCACACCAAACCGGGAGUUUGGAGCACUCAAACCGGAUAAAUCUGAAUCGGGAAAAACAAGCGGAGAAAUAAAAAAAUAUCCGUAUCCCGUAUCCGCAGUGGAUUCGUGUGGUCGGACUUUUACGGAUCAAUGACGUCAAACCGCAGCUCGCGCAUGGGCAUUAAAAACAAAAACAAUAACAACGAUGGCGGACAGACAGGGUAUUCUUUAUGUUUGUUUUGCCCUUUUGGGGCUAAUUUCAGCCUUGAAAGUGAACCUUAUUUUAUACAAUUACAUCCACCAGUCAGCAGCUCACAGACGCGUCUGCUGCGGCCAAUACUUUUAUUGGAGAGCAAUCGUAACGUUAACGUGAGGCGUUUUAAAGUUCGCCAGAAGCGUAAGUUUUGGGUCAAACCCGGUCGGACCAGCAAGUGGUGGGACAACUUCGUUAGAGGGGCUGUGCCUGCAGAUGAAUGGAAGCUAAACUUUCGUAUGUCAAAGCUGCACCAGAUAGGGUUGAGUUUGAAGCCUACGUGUGGACGCAGAUAUUUUUGAGAACUAACACGUGUGGACAGGUACAUUUAUUUAGACGGGGGUGCAAAAAUAUCCAGAUAAAUAAAUAUCCGCCUUCGUGUAGUUCGGGCCUGAGUCUGCUCGACUUUUUUGUUUGUUUCGGCUCGGUGAGUUCGGAAGGAAAGAAAGGGAAAACUUUCUCUGACCGCCCCGCCUUAACAGACGAGUGAAGUGAGAAACAAACAUGGAGGAUUCAGACGUCUGUAAGAGGUCAGGUAAGGUUGGUAAAAAAAAACCCUGAAGAGGCAUGAAGCUGAAAAAUGUUACACGCCCAAUCGACCCAAAAAUAAACCAGAGAGGAAAUAAAAAUGAGAGUAAAGGGGAGUCAAAAGAUCUGAACCCAGACACAUAAACACAACAAAUGAGCAAAAACAGACGGAGGAGACAGAAGACAACGUCGAAUAUUCAAACCAUUAACACAAAACAACAAGACGCAGAGUGAAACUACUUCAAACGUGCUGAAAUAUUUCUCCUGUUCUUCUAAAACCAUGAGCACACAUGUCGGAGGAACGCCCAGCUGAUCCCUUCACCCGCUGUUUGUUAAAACCCUUUUUACAGACUGCUGGAGUGUUUGCUCUCCCUGAUUUCACUUGAGUGAGUUAAACAGUUUGCUCGUCGUCAUCGUGUUUGAUUUAUGAAUGUGUCGACACAGGAGGAGAUAAGCUCAGAGGACGUGAGGAAACGAAAAACAAAACCUGAUCUAUUACUCAAUGUCUGGACCGGUUUCUCAUUUCUGUUUCACUACGUCACUUUUGUUUUCUGAACUGUGAGCUGUAACCGUUAUAUCGCCUGCAUGUUACUGCGGUUUUUGAUUUUUAGAUCUCGUUUUCAGGGAGCUGCGGCUUGACUUGAACUUCAGAAGUGAGUUUUUGUUUCUUUGUUCAGUGGUAAUGAUUAAUGCCUGCUGUCCACCAGAGCUUCCUCUUAGUGAAUGAAAUGCACAUCCUGAUUGGUUCCAGAGGAAAACGUCUCUCCUGAUAGAAGGCACACACACUUUUAUCACUGUUGACAAAAGAUGUACAGCACAGAUGAACAACAUCAGUCUGUACUGUAUUCAACACUGAGGCAGAACUGUGGUCUAUUUUGACUGUAAAUGGCACAUUUGAAUUAGGGCUGCAUGAUAUUGGAAGGAACUCCAAUUUGACAAUUUUUAAAAAUUAAAAAUUGUCAAUCAAUCAAUUUUCUUCUCUAUCAUGUCUCACCCUCCAGGCAACUGCAGGCACCCCCUUCCUGCAGGAGCACUCCCCACUUCCCACACACAUCAGUGUAAACAAACAUGGCUUUUGCAAAAGAAUGCGAUAAUUUUGUGGCUAAAUAGGGCAAGAGCGAGUCAGUUUUGGAGGAGGAGCAAACCACUGUCAAAGUCUGUCUGAAGGUGGUAUUAAUGCCAGUACAACAAAAAACACAAACGUUUUUUGUUGUACUGGCAUUUCAUCCAUGCAGAAUGAAACAACAAUAUGACAAUGGGUCAGAGAGUGCAUAAAUCCGUUAACGACUUCACCUCCAAGUGGAUGCCUAUCUGCAUCUCUUGAAACGAUUAUGUCACACACAGCGUAACUCUUUUUUUCUGGUGCCUGCACGUGUCCUGCCAAAACAACCUUUAUACACAUGAUCCAUACUCUUCUUCUGUCUUUGUGCAUUUCCUGGGCAGCGUUACUUCACCAUUUACUGGCUUGGCAUAUGCAUUACAUCAUUUUCA